AUGCAUUUUGGAAUGACAGGAAUGGUUAAACUACGAAAUGUAAAAUCACAUUUGAUAAUGAUGGAAAAUGGUGGGGAUAAAAAAGCAUUGAAAAAAAUUGAAGAUGCUGUUAAUGAGAUCAAAGACGAAGAGGAUGAGAAUGAAAAUGAGGAAUGGCCACCUAGAUUUUCAAAAUUUGACAUGGAAUUAACCAAAGAUGAUCACAAGAUAGAAUUUGCAUUUACAGAUGCUAGAAGAUUAGGAAGGAUUAGGUUACUUAAAGGAGAAGAAGUCAAAACUAAUGAAGAUUUGCUAAAUACUGCACCAUUAAAUGCAUUGGGUCCAGAUUAUAGUAAACCGGAAGUACCACCAAAACAAACCAAGCCAUUUGUUUUUGGUGAUCCUGAUCCAGACCACCAUGGACGACCACGAUUGACAAUAUACGAGUUUAAUAAAUUGAUCUUAUCAAAAAAGAAGCCAAUAAAAAGUUUACUUUUAGAUCAAGCAUUUUUUGCGGGUGUGGGCAAUUGGGUUGGUGAUGAAAUUGUAUUUCAAGCAAGAAUACAUCCUAAUGAGGUGAUUUCCAAUAAGAUAGCAAAUGAUGGUUCCGAUGAUAUUCAUCCAGUGGUGCAGAAAUUAUACGAUUCAUUGAUUUCUGUUUGUGAAGAAGCAGUUUUGGUAGAAGGUGAUACAUCAAAGUUCCCCAAAAAUUGGUUAAUGUUAUAUCGAUGGGGGAAAGGUCGUAAAGAAAAGAGGAAAACACCACAGGGUUAUUCCCUAGAUCAUGUCACAGUAGGUGGUAGAACAAGUUGUUAUUGUCCUGAUUUGCAAAAGAUGCUUAAACAAGAGUCUGGAAGAAAACGUUUAAAAAAAGAAAAAUAG